AUGGCGCUGGCCCGCAUCUCGGAGGGGGAGAUGGAGCGCUACUACCGCCUGCUGCGAGCCGCCGCCCGCCUGGAGGCCACCACCGCCCAAGCCGCGGUUCCCAUUUCUGCAAAGGACAUCAGCGACGAUUUGCUGAAGGAGUUUGCUUUCCUCUCUGGUGGCCGAGGGAAAGACAACGGCUGGAUAAUCACCUUUCCGGAAAACUCCCAAUUCAACAAAGUGUCCGAAGAGGUUUUUACAAAAGUCUUAACAUACUUGACUUCGGUCCCAAGUCAACAUGAAUCUGACACCAAAUUUAUCCUAAUCCUGGAUAGAAGAUUGGACACAUGGACGUCUGUUAAAAUGACUCUCCAAAGGAUAGCAGCCUCUUUCCCUGGGAACCUGCACUUGGUGAUGGUUCUGCGCCCCACUGGGUUUUUCCAGCGCACUUUCACUGACAUUGGCUUUCGUUUUAGUCAGGAGGAUUUUCUUCUCAAAUUACCGGUGGUUAUGCUGAGUUCAGUUAGCGAUUUGUUGACGUAUAUUGAUGAAAAGCAGCUAACGCCAGAGUUCGGGGGCACCUUGGAGUACUGCCAUAGCGAAUGGGUUAUCUUCCGAACUGCCAUCGAGAGCUUUGCACUAACGGUGAAGGAUAUUGCACAGAUGUUACAGUCGUUCGGGACGGAGCUGGCAGAAACCGAGCUGCCAGACGACGUGUACUCCAUCGAACGCAUCCUGGCGCUGCGCACGGAAAAAUACUGCCAGCUCAAGGAAGAUAUCAUGACGGUAACAAAAGAAGGAAACAUGCUGUUAAGUAGCUUAGAAGAGCCCAACAGCAACAAGCCGAGUCUGGAAGAGCACCACGAGAGACCCGGGGACUGGGAGACCGUGAAUCGGUUACUUGCUCAGCUGCACGAGAUGGAAACUGCUUUUGAUGGAUUCUGGGAAAAGCACCAGUUAAAAAUGGAGCAGUAUCUACAGCUGUGGAAGUUUGAGCAAAGCUUUCAAGAGGUCAAGAAUGCUAUUGAAUUUUUAAUGGACCGGCAAGCAAACCUGCCUGAUACUGGAGAUAGCGUCUCUCAAGUAAAAGAAAGGCUCAAAGACUUGGGCAGUUUAGAUGAUAUGGCUCAGGAGCUGAUCGGGAAAGCCCAGGUGAUGAUCCUGCACGGGCACCAGCUAGCAGCCAGUCACCAUUAUGCACUGAACCUGAUUUGCCAGCAAUGCAACGAGUUGCGGCACCUUUCCGACGUUGUGUCCGAUGAGCUCAAGAGGAAGCAGGCCCGGCUCCAGAAGACCUUGGAGCUACACAACCGCCUGCAGCAGGCUCUCCAGUGCUGUGAUGAAGGAGCUUAUCUUCUAGCCAAUCAGCAAAUGGAUAAAUGCCAAUCUAAGGAAGGUGCCCAGAAAGCUCUUCAGGAUGUAGAAAAAUUCCUCGAAAGCUCAUCCCCUUAUUUAAACUUUGACCCCCAAACUUUGCACUAUGACUUCGAGUCCAUUUUAACAUCUGAACUCAAGAGUCAGAUACACUCGUGCCAGAUCAAGCUUGAGAACGUGCGGAGUAUGUUUGAGAAUCGGCAAGCUUGCUUCAAAAAGCUGCUGGAUAAACACGUGCGCCCUGUCCAGCUAGUAGCCCCCCGCCCCGAAAACCCACCAAGAUCAAAAUCACCAUUGUUCUCCCCCAAACAUGGCGUGGAUUUUAAUUCAAGUUUGAAAUUUUCAUUUGAUCUCUCUCUCCCUGGAAAGAAAACGUCAAGAAAAUCUCAAAGCUCUCGCAAGAUUGAAGUAAUGCAUGACUAUCAAGAAAAAAGGAAUUCACUGCAUUCAUUUAUUUCAGACAGUGAAGACAACUUAGACACGCUAAAAGGCCAUGUCAUAAAUGAGCUAAUAGAGACUGAGAGAGUAUACGUAGAAGAACUGUUCACUGUUUUGACGGGUUACAGAGCCGAAAUAGAUAACCCAGAGAUGAUCGUUCUCAUGCCAGCUGUCCUCAGAAACAGAAAGGAUAUUCUUUUCGGAAACAUGCCAGAGAUCUACGACUUCCAUAACAAAAUUUUUCUGCACAGUCUGGAAAACUGCCUUGGAGCGCCAGAAAGAGUGGGCUUCUGCUUCUUGGAGAGGCGAGAAGAUUUUCAGAUGUAUGAGAAAUAUUGUCAGAAUAAGCCACGGUCAGAAGCUCUGUGGAGGCAAUGUUCAGAGAGCACCUUCUUUCAGGAAUGCCAAAGAAAAUUAGAACACAAACUUGGGCUGGAUUCCUACUUGCUCAAACCAGUACAACGUCUGACAAAAUACCAGUUGCUUUUGAAGGAGCUGCUGAAAUACAGCACAAGCUGCGAUGGAGUUCAGGAGUUGCAAGAAGCGCUGGUUGCGAUGUUGGAUUUACUCAAGUCAGUCAACGACUCUAUGCAUCAGAUCUCAAUAACUGGAUAUGAGGGAGACUUGAGUGAGCUUGGAAAAGUAUUGAUGCAAGGAUCCUUCAGCGUUUGGGUGGGCCACCGGAAAGGCCCCACGAAAAUGAAGGACCUGGCCCGGUUCAAGCCAAUGCAGAGGCACCUUUUCCUGUAUGAGAAAGCCUUGGUGUUCUGUAAGAAGAGAGAAGAGCAUGGAGAUGGAUACGAUAAAACCUCCUCCUACAGCUUUAAGCACUUUUUAAAAAUGAAUGCGGUUGGCAUCACUGAAAACGUGAAAGGAGAUCAUCGAAAAUUUGAGAUCUGGUAUAGUGGACGGGAAGAGGUGUAUGUUGUACAGGCCCAAACAGUAGAUCUGAAGAUGGCGUGGUUAAAUGAAAUAAGAAAAAUUUUGUUCAAGCAGCAGGAGCUUAUAAAAGUGGAGAAACAGCAACCCACCCCGUGCACGGACCAGGUCCAGCUUUCUCCUCCACUGAGCGAUGGAAAGCAGCAGAGAGCCUCCAUAAGCUCCGAGGAGAACGACUCUGAACGAACCAGUCCUAUAAUGUUGGACAGCGUCCUCCUCUCGCCUCAAAACAAGCCAAACAGAAGUUGGCCAGGAAUGUCACAAUCAGUCGAAAUCUGUGAAGGACUGGAGGACUGGUCCUGCAACAAUUACCUUUCCAAUUGCUCAGACACGGAAGAAGAAGAUGGAAGCCAGUUGUCUCCAGGAAAAUACAAAGCCCUAGCAGACUGCAAGAAAGGAGGAUCUGAAGAUCUGCUGGUUAAGAAUGGGGAUGUGAUUCAGCUUUUACAGGAGGAUGGUGAGGGACAGUGAUGCUGCCCUGUGUAACCCAAGAAAGUUUAGUGCCCCCUGAACUAAGAGUGAACUAGUAGCAUCCCAUUUUUUGAUGCUCGUUUGGAAACUUUGAACUAGGUGUUACAGAGAAAUAGCACAGUAGUUGGAGUUACCCUGUACUAUUCAUCACAUUCACAGAUCUUCACAACUUCAUCUGCACUGAACGGGGCUGCAGUUUGUCAUAGUCAUAAAGGAAGCCAUUCUUCGCUCUUUCGUUUUUUUCCCCUGAGGAAAGUACAGUAUUGUUUUAUUUUUACUUGCUAUUUUUCCAUGACAUCCAUUAACUUUCAUCCAAGAAGUAUAUCAGCAGCUUUUCGUUCUACACACUUUGUUUAGAAGCCCGACAUUUAUUCUACAGGUUGAAGGUUUAAUCUACUUACUCGUUGACAAUAUUUGUUGCCAUUGAUUGCAAAUGAAAGUUCAGUUUUGGUAAACCAAACAAGAAAAAAAAUUUAAAAGCUACAUUUCUGAUCCGGUUGAUUUUUAUGGAACAGGUUUAAAUAUAUUUCAGUUGUGUGAAUGUAAUGUACAGUAAGAUCAUCAUCUGGUUCGAUGAUAUGAUGAUGCAAUAAUGCUAAAGAACCUCUUUUUGCACUUAAGGUCUGAUGCAAAGCCUAUGGUCGUCACCAGAAAGAUCCCUAUUGGUUUCCAUGAGCUUUGGAUCAGGCCUGCUAACUGACAACUCAGGGUUGUCAAAAAUCACCUAGGGCUCCCAAGUGUCCCGAGGCUAAAACCUGUAUCUAGCAAGUGUUGAAGUUUACAUUUAACGUAUUGUACUUCUGGAACACGUGCCAUAACUAUAAGUUAAAUGUCCAUGUUUGCACUAAAAAUGUUAUAAGACUGUACUUUUCAGCAUCUUUAUUGAUACCUUACCUACUGAACUUUUUUUGGGGGGGGGGGGGGUGGAGAAGAUUAAUGAUUUUCAUAAUUUAUUGAGCAUUUCUUUGUCCAGGUUUCUUGUUGUAAUACACAUGUACAGGUGGUUUGGCUUUUAAUUGAUGUGUACGAAGAUAAUUCUGGAUGUGCUAAAAAAACAGGGUUAGUCGAAUGCAUGUAGACUUGAAUUCACACUGUCCCAUCUGACCGAAACGUUGUACACUGUGGACGGAGGGACCCAUUUGAUCGGUGAACCGCGAGUCCUUAGUUAUGGUGAAAGUAAACAUUGUUACACGAUGCGUUUUGGUUUUUUUUAAGUGAUCACUUUUGUACAAAGGAGCCCUUGAGUUAAUGAAGAGCUGUCAUUGGAACUGUACAGGACAUUUCAUAGUACACGAAUAUACAGUUCUUAUGCGCUCUGGCACUUUGCUAAUGUAUCUAUUGAGUACUGUAGAGAAUACCUCAUUCAUCUUGAUCAGUUGGAUUUGAAUUAAGCAUCAUCGCAAAAAACAAAACAAAACUAGAAAGAUCCCAACAUUGUCCAAUCACUGGAAUUCCUAAUGGACAAUUUUUAAGUCAUUCAAGUAUAUUUCUAUUUUAAACUGAAUCACAAUGCACUUGUUAGGACUAAAACUAAGAUUCUGUUGAAGUACUGUCAGGGCUACUGAUAGUAGUAACAAUUCUUGUCGUAAUAAGUACACAUUUUUGAGGUACAGAUGUAAAUAUUAAUGUUUAAAACAUAGCACACAUUGCAUAUUGAAAUGGUUUUAAUCUUCUUUGUCUUCCAUAGUGUUCAAUCCAGGCUUUUAUUAAUUUAUGAGAUGGAUAAGUUCUGCAAACCUGAAUGUGCAGUCUUAGACUUUUAACAUUUGAAAUUUUGCACAAUUAAUGUUAUGUUACCUGAAGGACAUGGUUUAACUAAGCUGUUCAUGUAUAUGGUACUACAAAAUGAAGCAGAGGAUUUUCCCUGUUUGCAAAUUUAAAUGAACUAUAUUGUAUAUGUACUUGUAAAAAAUGUGUUAAAUCUAUAUUUAAAACUCAAACAUUGUUAAAUAAAGAAAUUCAUAUGAGAA